AUGAUAUUGCUGUCAAUUAUUUCUUCCUCCUUUACUGCCUGCAAAUUUAGCUUACAUGAGGCUUACAGCAUAGAAGCCAAAAUAGUCUUGUUUCCAUUAUAUCUGGUUCCAAACAGAGGUAGGAUCCAAUGGUGGCUUUUUGUCGGUUUGUUUGGGGGAGUUUGUACCAUUACCUAAUGCAAAGAAAUCUAAGAGUGAUGCAAAACUCUGUAGCAUUACAAAAGUUGACAGGUGAUUUGGAAUAAGGGUGGGAUUCUUGUAAGAUCUAAGCAGAGACCUAAAUUUGCUCCUAUGGGAGCUCUUGGUAAACCUCCCACUGACUUCAAUCACAGAAGAAUCUGGACAGUGUUAAGGAUUUUGAAAAUUCUACUUUUAAUAUUUAUAACACUAACUUUAAGUGUAGAUAUAAGAACCCUACCUUUUGCAUGGAUACUUACAGCAUCAAGUAUUUAACAUAUUAGCUCACCAUCCGUCUUCUUUCCUUCCUAACUCUUACUCUUCAAAAAACACUCUUUUCCAUUUAAUCAUUAUAUUUUAUUUUGAUGUAUUGCUUUAUAUAAUACUCACUUUCAUUAUUUUAUAUUUAAGCUAUUGGCUUCAAGGUAACAUCUCCAAGCAGAGCAGAUGGCUGCUGCAGAAAAUACAACAGAUUUUCCUAGCAACUUGUCAUGCCACCACGCCAUUGAUGACUUCCGAAACAAAGUGUACUCCACAUUGUACUCGAUGGUGACUAUUCUGGGCUUUGUUGGAAAUUGCAUUGUUCUGUAUGUGCUCAUAAAAACCUACCAACAGAAGACAGCCUUCCAGAUAUAUAUGCUUAAUCUGGCAGUGUCAGACCUCCUCUGUGUAUGCACACUGCCACUUCGAAUCGUGUAUUAUGUUCACAAAGGCAAAUGGUUCUUUGGUGAUUUCUUAUGCAGGCUCUCUUCCUAUGCACUGUAUGUCAACCUGUAUUGUAGCAUUUUUUUUAUGACAGCAAUGAGCUUCUUUCGCUGCAUAGCCAUAGUUUUCCCUGUUCAGAAUCUCAAUUUGGUAACUGAGAAAAAGGCUAAACUGGUAUGCAUCGGCAUUUGGAUUUUUGUCACCGUGACAAGUUCUCCCUUCUUGCUGAAUGGAUCUUACUCUGAUGGAAACAAGGUAAAGUGCUUUGAACCUCCAGAAAAUGAAUCGAAGACAAAUAUGGUUAUAAUCCUGAACUUGAUUGCACUAUUUGUAGGCUUCAUUUGCCCCUUUGUUAUCAUAACUAUCUGUUAUACCAUGAUCAUAAAGACCUUACUGAAAAAUUCAUUAAAGAAGAAUCAGGCUACUCGUCUGAGGGCUGUCUGGAUGAUAAUAGUUGUAACAGCUACUUUUUUGAUCAGCUUCACGCCUUAUCAUAUUCUACGCACAGUCCACCUUCAGGUUCUGAAGGGGAACAGCUCCAACUGUGAUGCCAUAUAUUUGCAGAAAGCAGUGGUAGUGACCCUUCCUCUGGCAGCUUCAAAUUGCUGCUUUGACCCACUCCUCUAUUUCUUUUCAGGAGCCAAUUUUCGAAGGAGACUUACGACCUUUAGAAAGGCUUCCUCCUCCAGCAUGGUAGCAGGACUCAGGAGAAAUAUGUCCAUAAAGGACAAAGAUAGUGAACCAUUUAAAGAAAACUACAAAGGACAGAACUGAAAUGGAGUUGUUUCCUUUAUUUAUAAACUGAUUUGUUCCAUGCAAGGCAGGUUUGGUGCAGACUCCCAGGAGGAUAUCAGUGUUUUAAAAACUUCCUCAGGAGAAAUGAACAAAGCAAAUACAUCUUCUCCCAAAUUAAAUAUUAUAAUAAUCAAAAUGGACAUAUUUCUGUUUAUACCACUCGGAGCAACUACCCUUAUGGCUGUCAUUGAAGGGUUUAUUUUACCAUGCUGCAGAGCACUGUGAAGGCAAUUCUGAAUUCCAAGGCACCAAAAACUGCAAAGAUUGACAUUGGAAUGGAUGGCACUAAGAAGACCACAGCACAGAGGCAGGCAGAUAAGCCAGUGCAAAUAGCCUCUUCAUGCCCUAUAUAUAGAUGUCACACAAACUGAUGGUCUGAAUUCCUGAGUAAGUGGGAAUUGCAAACAUCUGGUAUAAUACAAGUUAGUAGAACUUAAAAAUAAAGAGAGAUGAGUGUGCAAUAAGUCCCAAAGCAGACAGUGAUUAAUGUAUACAGCACAAGCCAGGAAAAUUCCUUCUCUGUUUCCAGCUACCUCUCUGACUUAAUAUUCAGUGGUUUGGAGGUCUGUGGGUGGCAGAGCUAUCACAUUAGCUCUGUCUUACUGCAUGAUCACCUUAUGCUGAAGUUACCUUCCAGUGGCCAGCUCUGCUGGCUCUAAAUUCAUUGUCACCCACAGAGCAACACAAAGCAGCCACACCACACCAGAGGGUCUGAGCUGGUAUCUUCCUAAAGAGAAGUGUAUUUGUUCCUUCUUUUAUUAAUUUCCUGUGGUUUGUAGCUAAGUAAAUGCCCUGUAUAUGUUUCUUGCUUGCAUCUCCAAGCACUUUGGCACCAAGCCUGCUUAAAUUUAUCCUAAAGAUCUUUGCAGGACUGGGGCCUAUGUUUUUAAAUUUGGGAACAGGGAGAGGAAUGGGUCCCCAAGUACUGACCUAAGCACUUCUUUAAAGUAUUUUCUUUCUUGGGGAAAACCUCGUAAAAGAGGAAUGAAUGGGACAAGGAUAUCCUGAAUUGCCUCAGUAGCUUUGAGAGCAGUGCUGCCAGCAGUAUUAAACAUCCAUAAAUCAUCGGGCAUAUUUUUUAUGUCUCAUUUUUGCUCUGUUGUUUAAAAGGUAGGAGAAUGAGUAGGGAGCUCAUUCUUUCCUCACUGCAGCUCCCAGAUGUCCUUUUCUGUCUGUGUUGCACUGAAUCCCUUCAAAGACAAAUGGUAUACAGUUUUUUUAGAAGCUUUGUUGGACUGUUUUGCAACAAUCAUGUAUUUUUAGUGUGUGUUGCUGUUUCCUGCCACUGUCUUCUUCCCUGACCAUGCAUCAGAUGUUUUUCUGAAGUUGAAUUUCAUUUGUCCCAAACCAAGGGAAACCAUAGGUUCCUAUGACAUAAUACACCAUAGGAUCCUAUGAUUCCCCUUGCUUCACGGCAAGUCCAAGUCCCCUCUGAAUGCUGCUACACUGCAGUAAUGCCAGUAGAUAACUUAGCCCCAGACCUCAAACAUAGAAAGUGAAAUCCUAGAUCUGGUGAAAUCAACGGGAGCUUGAUUCCUGACUGAUAAAGCACCGUGGUUUCAUCUUCAUUUGUGAAGAGAAAAAAACUGCCAUGUAGUGCUACCUCCUUCCAGGUUUACAGUGGUAAAAAGAUUAUUUUAGUCAAAUGAGAAAAUGAAUUACUAGAUUCUACAGUUCAUCCUGGCCUUCCCUGCAAGUAUAGGUAUUCUCACAGACAGCAAUUAUUGCAGUCCAAGGAGGAGUAUUUUUGUGGGAGCAGCUUAUUCAAAUCCUGGCAGUGUCUCACAUGCCUGGAGAUAGUACAUCAGCAGGUUCCAAGGCAUGGAGAUGUCUGUGCUGGAGUGCUUAAGCUAAUCAAAAGGACAUUUAAAAAUGAUGAAAAUAUCAGACAGUUAGGAAGCUCCUCUACUGAGCAUAAAAAGGUACCUGAGGAGGAUGCCCCUCCAAACAUACUCCUUUUUAAUUCUGUCCCUCUCCUAUUCCUGUGUUAAGCCAAACAGCCCCCCUCUCAUCCAUGCUUCUGUACUGGAAAUAGGCUUUUGUAAAAUUGCCCCCCCUGCUGCUUUCUGGUCCAUAGGUGACUACUUAGAAAGUACUUUGAUGUGCAAUUUUCUCAUUCUCUGGAAGGGAAAAGAGAAGAGGCAGCAUGCUAGGAUGAGAGAAACCAAGUGACAAAGCAACCCAUGGGUGUUUUCUGGUUGUCUUAGACAUGUUAUAUACAUGGCUUCUUCACUUGAGCAGAAAUCUCUUUGCUUGUAGCUCCAGUGCGAGACAGUUUUGCCUUAUACUAACUCAUGUUUGUGCUACCAUUACGACUUCAUAUUUUCCAAAUGUUACUGUAGCAGGGUGCCUUCCAGGGGUGGCCAUGAAGUCCCUGGAGGACUCUCUUUUCCCUGCUCUGUGUGUAGUCACCCCUUUAUUCACCCACCAUGCUUUGUUGUACAUUGUCAUUUAAAUAAGAAAGGCUGCCCCUGGGUUUCACAAACCUGGGUUCACUCUAAUGACCACCAGGUGUCCGUGGUCAUUACCUUACUUAAGAGCUAAUUGUAUGCCGCCAUCUGUGCCACACCCCAUGCUUCAUGGGUGUUAUCCCUUGCUGAUGUCACCUGAGCUCAUUCCAAUACUCUUAGCCUCUCUCUAGGCCCCAGGAUUCACUGGUCCCCCACUUAGUCCCUCUUUGGUCCCACACUCUGCCUGUCUCUGGGCUCCAGGACUCCUCUCAUCCAUGCUCUGCCCCUCACUGGACCCUGGACUGUCUGAUCCCCCACACUGCCCCUCUUAGGCUCCUGGACCCUUCAGUCCCACACUCUGCCCUUCUCUGGGCUCUUGGAUGCUCUGGUUCCACUCACUCUCUCUGGGCUCCUGCCCUGCUGACACAAGCCACACCUGUGGGCUUGAGCUCUCUCAAUUCCUCUCUAGGUUCUGGUCUCACACUCCAGCCCUCUUGGGCUCCUGGCCUCCACUGGUUACACACUGUUCCCCUCUGGGCUUCUGGACCCUUAGGUCCCCUACAAAUCUAUUCCUGGUGCUUUUCUGUCAGGGUGUUCUCCCCCAGCCUUUCCCCACCACAGGGUAACCCACAAGGCAGUGGAAGCUAGGGUUUUGGGGCACCCCAUGGUCACCAUUCCCUGCGGUUUGUCACCUGUGGCACUUUAUAGAGCUACCCUGCUAUAAGCAGCUCCACCACUGUGACCCCAAGCCCCGGUAGGGUACGGUUUUCAGUCUUACCUAGGACCAUCUUCUAGGUUGUACCCUUGCCCCUCCUAGGCUAUGGGGUCCUUGGACCCCACUACUGAUGUGACGUGCCCCUCCCAGGCUGCAGACUUCCAGACUUCACACUUUGCCCCUCUUCAGUUACAGACCUCUGGGCCCUCUGGCCCUGCUCACACUUGUCACUCCAGGGCUACCCUGGACCCUCUGGACACUCACUCAGCCAGUCUCCCACUCAGCCCCUCUCUGGGCUCCUGGACCCCACUGACCUUGUACUUAGCCCCUCUCCAGGCUUCUGGACCCUUUA